AUGGCAAUGCAAGACCAUCCUUCUCCGUGUGGCCACCACCCCCAAAUCCUCUUGGAUAAAAAAUGUUUAGUGGGCGAGUUGAAAAAUUCCAUUACCACAAAAUCCAAGAAUAGCAAAGGGGUUCACUUGGAGGUUUCUUUUGAAGCAGUUGACCCUCCAGCCAUCUCACUGUGCCUGGUCAGCUGCGUUGAUCAGACCGGGGAUCGCUUGGCAGCACCGCCUCGUAUACUUGGUGUAACUAGAGGCUUUGUACUGCUGGCUAUCACCUUCUCGGACAGUGUCAACCGUUACUUGCGGUUCAUCGACUAUUUUGUUUACAAAGCAGGGCCCGAUUUCGCCUCUCUUCAUCUUCUUGCAAGGCCAUACCCGUCUUCUUUUUCGCCAAACAUGGCUGCCAUCUUGCCUGUUAGUGAUAACAGUGAAGACUUUGCUGUCAUUUUCCCACAUGUUGAAUAUUUUAGUCUUGAGUCUCGCAAACAUUACACACUCCACAUAUAUCGAUCUGACACGAAUGAUUGGCACUCUCAGGUCGCUUGUAUCGCUGAGGAUAAUGAGACAAGGAAUGCCAGGGAUAAGCUAUUGCUUCAUAAUACCAUGAGCGUGGCAUACGCAGAAAAGGGUAUCGUAGGUUGGAUUGAUCUCUGGUGGGGAAUUCUCUUAUGCAAUGUUUUGGAUAAAAAGCCUACCAUCCGUUUUGUUCCGUUGCCAGUUCCGGAACCGUGUGAUACGUCUGAGUUCCAUUUGAUGUUUGAGAAUCUCACUCCAAGACCACACUGUCAUGUGACGAUAUUCAAUGAUUUGAUCAAGUGUGUUGAGUUAGAUUUUCAUGUGCAAGAUGCUUUCUUCAACAUGAAGCGAGCAAAGGAUUAUGGCUGGAUGGCUAAAACAUGGACUAGAUCAAUUUAUUCAGAUGUUUGGUGUGAUGGCUUGACGAUUGAUACGUCUGAGAUAUCUUUCACCGACUCAAGUUUGCCAAAUUUGUUGCCUGGGAUGUUUGAUGAGGAAAACAAUUUGACUUGGAAGAAAUUGACUAGUGCUGGUCCUACAUUAAGCUUGCUUGAUGACAAUGUUAUUUACAUUAUGGCGAAGGAGAGCAUGUGCCAUCCGACAGCAUAUGUACUUACUGUGGACACCAAAAGUUUGAAGCUCGAGUCUGGUGCGCAGUGUGCUCCUCAAAAGACGGUGUGA